GUCUGAUUGGCCAGUAUGAAUUUAGAGGCGGAUCUAAAGCAAACUGAGCGUUACAACUAGGAAACAUUGUGUUGCCAAAUGACCAAGUUGGAGGCUAAAAACAUUGAACCUUGAAACGUACGACUAAAGAAAUAAAACAGAAUGGCCACUGAGGGUGAUCCAACAGAUGUAGUGAAGGUGCUUCACCUGUUGGUCAUAGCGUUCUCAUGGGGUAUGCAGGUGUGGGUAUCAUUCAUUGCAGGGUUUGUGUUGUUGUCCAAGGUCUCUCUGCACACAUUUGGUUUAGUUCAGAGCAAACUCUUCCCCAUGUAUUUCUACUGCCUGCUGGGCAGUAACACAAUCAGCUUGGCCAUAUUUGCUGUGUACCAUCCCAGAGAGCUUCUGAACUGGCAUGAGACUAUACAGAUGGUUCUGUUUUUCAUGGCUGUGAUCAUGUCAGGGCUGAAUGUGCAGUGGUUUACUCCAGCUGUUACUGAGCACUUUCUGGUGAUGAGAGAGAUCGAGCAGGAACACGGCCUUGGUGAAGAGAUCGGCUUUUCCACCAACAGGGAGCGCUAUGUGAAACUCCGUGAGCAAGAUCCAAAAUACAAAGCUCACAGGAAAAGCUUUUACCGCUACCACGGCCUGUCCAACCUGUGCAACCUCACCGGCUUUGCCUGCACCACCAUCAAUCUGAUCUACCUGGCACUUCACUUGGCUUCGAUAUAAUAAUGUCAGCUUACAACAUACAACAGAUUUGACCCUUAAAAUAUUACCACUAGUGCUGUCAAAAUUAACGAAUAUUAAUUUUAACGGCACUAAUUUUAUUAAUGCAGUGCUCGAUUAUUUUUGACCAUUUUUAUUACAAAUAUAAAUAAAUAUAUAUUAAAGUGGCCAAAUCAAUACCUACAAUGCAACACACAUUUUUUUCAUGACAUCCUUUCUUUACAAAGAUAAUACAUUCCAGCAAAAAACACAUUUUAAUCACUAAACAUUUGUUUUACUGAUGCGGCAAGUCUCAAAUCGCCUUCUAAAAUUUAGCAUUUAUUGUGGUAAUGGUUCAGAGACUUGUGUCCCUGUUCCCCAGACUAAAAAAGUGCUAUGGUGCACACAUCCGGGAAUUAAACUGUCCAUGUGGAAACAUACAAAAGUUCCGUUUGGUGUCCUGCUGAUUUAUGUCAUUUAAAACACUAUAAUUACUUUACAAGAAUAUUUUGUCUUCAUCCUC